GGAGACCGUUGGUCACUGGUGGGGCCCCAGGUUGGGGUUAGUGUCACGCGCAGGUUUUGCCCGUGGUGACGUCACCGCUCGCGCCCUUGUCUCACUCAGUCGGCGUUUCCCGACCGCGUGCAGCAGUUCAAGCUCAGCCCAGCGGUUCCACCCACCCAGUUAGUAGCCAGCAGUAGUAGCAGCAGUAGUGAGCGCUGCUCCCGGGAAGUCCCGUUAGCAACGCCUCUUACACCCCGCCCUGCCCCAUGUUCGGACCUGAUAAGCAGUCGGGGCAGCCGAAGCUGGACUGUGGUGGCAGGUUCGGGAAUAUGGCGUCUGUGGGGGACUUUAACUCGUUCAGGGCUAGCGUCCCGGCCACCAAGGUGGAGCUGUCUGUGUCCUGCAGAAACCUUUUGGACAGAGACACAUUUUCAAAAUCUGAUCCAAUAUGUGUUUUGUAUACACAAGGUAUUGGAAGCAAAGAAUGGAGAGAGUUUGGAAGAACAGAAGUAAUUGACAAUACUUUAAAUCCAGAUUUUGUAAGAAAAUUCAUCAUGGACUACUUUUUUGAAGAAAGAGAGAACCUGCGAUUUGAUUUUCCAGUGAGUCCUGAGGGUCUAGCAUGGGUGAACCUGAUGCAGGGACGGAACCUCUGGUAUGAUGUUGAUUCAAAGAGUCCCAACCUAUCAAAGCAUGAUUUUUUGGGACAAGUGUUUUGUACACUAGGUGAGAUAGUUGGAUCACAGGGAAGCAGACUGGAAAAGGCAAUUGUAGGAAUUCCAGGGAAGAAUUGUGGAACAAUCAUAUUGACAGCAGAGGAGCUGAACUGUUGCAGGGAUUCUGUACUUAUGCAGUUUUGUGCAAACAAGUUAGACAAGAAGGACUUCUUUGGGAAAUCUGACCCUUUCCUAGUAUUUUAUCGAAGCAAUGAAGAUGGCAGUUUUACAAUCUGUCAUAAGACAGAAGUUGUAAAAAAUACAUUAAAUCCAGUGUGGCAGGCAUUCAAGAUCUCUGUCAGAGCGCUGUGUAACGGAGACUAUGACAGAACAAUUAAAAUAGAGGUGUAUGAUUGGGAUAGAGAUGGAAGCCAUGAUUUCAUUGGAGAAUUCACAACAAGUUAUAGGGAAUUGUCUAGAGGGCAAUCACAGUUCAAUGUAUAUGAGGUAAUAAAUCCAAAGAAAAAAGGAAAAAAGAAAAAAUAUAUUAAUUCUGGAACAGUAACAUUGCUUUCCUUCCUAAUUGAAACAGAAGUUUCAUUCCUUGACUAUAUUAAAGGCGGACACUGUGUAACCUGUUGCCAAUACCCUGGGAAAGUCAGAAGAGGCAGAAAUAUAAAAGUGGGUGCUGUCUAUGUGGAGACCCCACUCCACAAGUUUAAUAACAGUGCAAUGAAAGCUGGCCCUUCUCCCAGAGUGCUGAUUGGCAUGGCUUCAACAAACAGGAGAAACUGGGGCUCCAUCUCCACAGAGCUCUUGUUAGAUAAAGAGAUGGCAGGAAAUCCCACUCCAACUUGUUGCAACCUCUCUGUCAACUUCUGCUUUCCUCAGACAUGUUACUUAGGGCUUGUAGUCAAUGGUAUUAAAGGCAGCUGUUCUAUAGACAUAGGUAUAGAUUUUUUUUUUUUAAAGGACACCUGGAGUGAAAUCCUGGACCUAUAGAAAUAAUUUGGAAAACUCUCCCACUGACUUCACUGGGUCCAGGAAUUCACACUGAUCGUUGUUAGGAGGAGAAUGUUGACCAACAUCACUUUUGAAUGGAUUUAGUAUCUUUCUUUACUGGAGUCACUGAUACUGGGAUCAAGACAAAUUGCAUUUAAACAUCCUUUUUCUCUGUUAUGUGGUAAGACUUGCAUUUUUUAGAAUUAUCCCAGAAUUCAUUUAAAAAAAAAUCUUGUGUAACAAAAAGAAUGAGUAAAAACCAUUCAUUUAAUAUAUUACACAUAUAUAUUAAAAGUGUCCGGCACAUCAUAAAAUGCAAACUGUGAAUAC